UAGAACACAUUAAUGGCUCGUGCAAUGGUGAAGGAAACCUUACUAAGCAUCGUUGCUACGGCGAUGCUCAUUCAAUUGGCAUUAGCAGUGGAUCACCCCGUGGGUGGGUCUGGAGGGUGGGACACAUCAACUAAUCUCGACUCAUGGGCGUCAUCACAAACAUUUACAGUAGGCGAUAACUUAGUUUUUACUUUUUUACCUAACCACGACGUGUUGGAGGUAUCCAAGGAUGAUUACGAUUCUUGCACAACAAGUGGCCCGAUCUCUAAUGGCGCUCUUACUCCCGUGACCGUCAGUCUCACGGCUGCUGGAAGUCGGUAUUUCAUUUGUGGCACACCUGGCCAUUGUGACCGAGGCAUGAAAGUCGAGAUUAAGACCAUAGCAGCCGCAGCCUCUGGACCACCAACAAGCACCCCUCCAUCCUCUAGUUCGCCAACGACACCAGUUUCUACAGAGUCUCCUCCAUCAUCGGAAGACAAACCAGCCCCACCAGUUACUUCAGGUGGAAAGCCUGUCAGCGAUGAUGAACCUGCAAAGCCGUCACCAUCAUCCGCUGCAAUAGAAAAAAUAAGUGUUGUUUCUAUGAUGGGAAUCGGGUUCCUUCUGGUGAUAUAA